AUGCCUGCAGUCCCCUUCAAGGUCAAAGCCGUCUACGAAUACCACUCCGAGGAGCCCGAUGACUUGAACUUUCCCAUUGGCCAGAUAAUCACAGUCACGGACGAUGCUGAUGAAGAUUGGUAUACCGGCGAGUACAAUUCGGCCUCCGGCGAGAAAGUAGAAGGUAUAUUCCCUCGCAACUUCGUCGAGAAGUACGAACCUGCUAUUCCUUCUCGACCUACCCGCGCUCCAAAGCGUGCGCCUGCGCCAGAACCAGCGCCUGAGCCCGCACAAGCUUCAGAAGAUUCCGCACAAGAACAGCACGCCGUGCCUAUCGCGGAACCCGAGCCUGAUGUUCCCAAGGCAGCUCCUGAGCCAGUCGAACCCGUAGAGGAACCAGUUGCACCCAAAGCUGCUGACCCCUCACCGCCCGCACCAGCUGCUGCCGCCGCGGCUGCACCUCCUACAUCCAAGCCUGCUGUGUCGAAACCGGGACCGCCUCCGGUAGCCGAAAAGCCUACUACCAGCUCUUUCAAGGACCGCAUAGCUGCCUUUAACAAGCCUGCGGCAGCACCAGUUGCGCCUUUCAAGCCUGGUGGUAACACCUCUGGCUUCAUCAAGAAACCAUUUGUCGCGCCCCCUCCGAGUAAGAACUCGUACGUUCCACCUCCCAGGGAGCCUCCCCCGCAGAAAGUCUAUCAGCGUGAAGAGGAGGCUACUGGGCAAGAUGAGAAUCGCGUUGUUCCGCCUCCGCCUCCACAACGGCUGGAGGAAGCUGCAGAUGAAGAUCAGCCGAAGCCCACAAGCCUGAAAGAGCGCAUCGCACUAUUACAGAAACAGCAGCUCGAGCAAGCUCAGAAACAUGCGGAUGCGGUGCAAAAGAAGGAGAAGCCAAAGAAGCCGCCAAAGAAGCGCGUCGAGUCCACCGAGGAUCCCGAGGCGCCUCCAGUCGAAGGCGACUUGGAAAAGGCAGAUACCAAUGAGACUGUGGGCCGAAAAUCUUCAGAUCUCGCCCAGGAGUCCAAGACAGGCCUGCCGUCAGCCUCGCGUCAAGAUUCCGCUCAUAUAGGACCGACACCACAACCUGUGCGAGAGCUUGUUAGCGAUACCAACGACGCCGAUGACUCUGAAGCAGCAGACACGGAAGAUGCGCAGGAGACUUCAACUGAGGAAGAGCGGCCACGUUCGAAGGGCGCUGCUAUCAGCGCGGCGCAUGUUGAGCCCAAGAAAGAAGUAUCUGCCCCCGCAGAAGAUAACGAUGAGGACACUGAAGAGGAAGAGGAAGAUCCUGAUGUGCGCCGCAGGCGUGAACUCCGAGACCGUAUGGCAAGACUCGGCGGAGGUGUGGGGAUGAUGGGGAUGUUUGGUCCGCCCGGUGGUGCAGCGCCUCCUCCUGCACGCAAAUCUAGGCCUUCGCAGGAGCAUUCUCGGGCGUCCGAGGAGCAGUCUCCAGAGGAGACCAGUAGAGCUCCUCCUGUCCCAAUCAUGGCGCUGCCAGGCAUGUCUAAUCAAGUUCCUCGACGGACUGAGGAGCCUGCAGAUGAGGACAGCGACGAGGAAGACGAGACCGCACAGCCCACCCCUCGGGAAGCGCCCAAACAGGCCGACCUGGAGGACGACUAUAUCUCCCAGCCUCCACCGCCUCCGAGACGGUCAGACACAACGCGUUCAUCCGCAAGUAUCGACCGGCAGGCACCUUUGCCGCCUCAGCGUGAAAAUCGUGCACCCCCACCACCCUUGCCCGAGACUAGGGCUGUUCCUCCACCGCCGCCCUCAUCAGGUCGUGCGGUACCCCUUCCACCUCCGGUGGCUACACAAGCUCUUGAGCAAAAUGAGUCUCACGCUGCGUCACCCUCGUCCGCGCGUUCACGACGUUCAGAAGAGCAACCUAUGUCACCGUCAGGAGCACCGCCGGUUCCAGGCGGACGGCCCAGGCCAGAUGUUGUUCGAAAGCACAGCGAAGACCCCAGUCUAUCGAGUUCUGUCACGUCUCCUACAACAAGGGCUCCGCCUCCACCUCCACCCGGUCCACCUAGCCGACGAACUACGACUGAUGUUUCUAGCCCUCAAACUCAGCAGGACGACGAUAGUGAAGAUGAGGUGACCGAGUACGAUGGGGACUACGACACGGACAUUGCCUCUUCAGCGAAACAUAAGGAUGCGUUAAAAUCGCACAAUCGCGACUCGAGUAUCGAUGAUGGCGUUCUGACCGACGACGCUACCAAAUCACCCAAGAGUCCACCAUCCCGCACUGUACCACCACUCCCGCCUCUGCCUGUACAGCACACAGUUCCUCCACCACCGCCACCGACCCAAGCGCCACCGUCUCGAAAGUCGACAGACAUUCCGCGCACGGCUCCUCCGCCGGUACCUCCUCCUGCAAUGCCUCAACAUGACGAUGACGAUUAUGACCCUUACCGCUACAACGCCCCCUCUCAAGGCCUGCCGACCCCGCAAUUGGAUGACAUUUACAAAAAUAUGCCUCCAGGGGCAGACAGGGAAGAGGAAGAUAUGUAUGGAGGUAGUACUCAGCCCCCCCGUAUGCCUCCGCCGCCCCCGGCCGAAAGAUCCCUACCUCCCCCGCCCACAGAGCGAGCGGCUCCACCGCCGCCUCCUAUGGAACGUCCUGCUCCUCCUCCACCUUCCUUACCAUCAGCUGAGCCCCAUGCAACGCUUCCGAAGCAGUCUUCAGAGGUGAGAAGAUCAACCACUAUAUCACGGCGAUCAAUGGAGCAUGCGAGACCUAGCGGUGAAGGCUUCAUGGCUCAGGAUCUGGACCUGGGUCACUCUUCCUUCUGGUGGACCCAGCCCAACCUGCUUCCCCCAAGCGUCGCCAACCGUUCGGAUAUCCUCUACGAAAUCGAGGAGAAUGCCUCAGCCACGCGCGCGGGCCGCACGGCCAUUUCAAAGGAUAUAUUUGUCAUUUACAACGACUACAGUCGCACACACAUUAAUGCGACUUUCGACAAGGAAGAUCCAUCGCAAGUGGCGCUCGAGCAGACCCAUGAGCGCCCACCUUCAACACCUCGCAAGGAUCAGCUGGAGGUAUCAUCCGAGAGAUUUGGCGCACCUAUCGCGUCCGCUGCGUCUAAUUUUGGUCACCAGGGCGCCAUGGUCGGUGACGGAUCCGCCCAGGGCUUUAUCUACGAACUCCUCCGGCCAUUUCCGAACGCACUUCCACCCAUUGGAACAAGAGCGUACGGUGCUCUAGUCUACGCCAACCUCGCCAACGCCUCGACGCAGCAAUACGACGAGAUCCGUGCUGGCGACAUCAUCAGUUUCCGCAACGCCAAGUUCUCCGGUCACAAGGGCGGCUUCAAUGCAAAGUACAGUCUGGAAGCGGGCAAACCUGACCACGUCGCAGUCGUCGUUGACUGGGACGGUACGAAGAAGAAGGUACGAGCUUGGGAGCAGAGAAGCGAAGAUGACCGCAAGGAGAAAAAGAAGGCGAAGGUGCGUGAGGAGAGCUAUCGCAUGGGCGAUCUCAAGAGCGGCGAGGUACGUGUCUGGCGCAUUAUGGGCAGAGACUACGUUGGCUGGGAUAAGUCUUAG